ACUAAUUUUUAGAGGGGGUGGGGCAUGGCAUCCGGAGUAGUAGGCUGGAGAGGGGGCGUGCUCUCUGAGGCGGAGGUAGGCAGGGGGGGCGUGUCUGGCCCCUGGAAGACCUCGAAGCUGUGGAAGGGGCGCUCCCGCCUCUCCAAAGAGCCCCCAGCUCAGCUGGCUCCGGAGUUGAGGCGCGGGGGCAGUGAGGGUGCCUAUCGGGUCCCGCCCUCGGAGCGACAGGCCGCCCCGCGCCCAGUCCCGCCCGCCCCUCCGGCCGCCUCUGCCGCCGCGCGCCGCAGCAGCGCCGCCUUCCCUGCGCAGUCGGUGUCUCGGCGUCGCUGGGUGGGACUUGGCUCGUCUGCCAUGGGCAAGCAGAACAGCAAGCUGAGGCCGGAGAUGCUGCAGGAUCUGCGGGAGAACACGGAGUUCUCGGAGCUAGAGCUGCAGGAGUGGUACAAGGGCUUCCUCAAGGACUGCCCCACUGGCAUCCUCAACGUGGAUGAGUUCAAGAAGAUCUACGCCAACUUCUUCCCCUACGGCGAUGCCUCCAAGUUCGCCGAGCAUGUCUUCCGCACUUUUGACACCAACAGCGAUGGCACCAUCGACUUCCGGGAGUUCAUCAUUGCUCUGAGCGUGACCUCGCGUGGCCGCCUGGAGCAGAAGCUCAUGUGGGCCUUCAGCAUGUACGACCUGGAUGGCAAUGGCUACAUCAGCAGGGAGGAAAUGCUGGAGAUUGUGCAGGCCAUUUACAAGAUGGUUUCGUCCGUGAUGAAGAUGCCUGAGGACGAAUCGACCCCGGAAAAGAGGACUGAGAAAAUCUUCCGCCAAAUGGACACGAACAACGACGGCAAGCUGUCACUGGAAGAGUUCAUUCGUGGGGCCAAAAGCGACCCUUCGAUCGUGCGCCUGCUGCAGUGCGACCCCAGCAGCGCCUCCCAGUUCUGAACUGGGGAGGAACCAGCUCGCAGCCUCCCUGCCUUCACCGGCCCUCCGCUUCCUCUCCUUCGUGUCUAUCCAGGCUGGGGCCAGACUGGGGACCCCUUUUUGGGGUCUGCACUGUGGGGGGCCUCUGGAGAAGCAAACCCUGCCAGGAAAGGGCUAAGCAAGACAGCCGUUAGCACCCAUGGCCCUAGAGACAGAGUCUCCCUUAGUGGGACCAAGAUGACCCUCUGGUUGGUCUGUCCCUAUUCUGUAUUCUUUAUUCAGACAGCUGGAUCACCUUCCACCCACCCACAGCCCCGAGACCCUUCCACAACGCGGGGGCAGGGAGAGCUCCCCCUC